GGGGAUAGGGCUGGACGUCGAACCUCACAGCCAGAGACAGCUCGAGCUUCCUGGGUCAAGUCCUGAGUCCCGCCCCCAGGACCCUCGAGGACGUCUAUGGCAGCCUCCUCGCCGCCUUCCUUACUCCGGCGGGCAAACUCUAGUGAUGCAGCCGAGCCCCACGGACACCAGGACAUAUCAUCAACCAUGAUCCUGGGCUCCCACUUGUCUUCGCCCAACUGGGUCAGGCCACUGAAGGCGCUGCCACCGCGCUCAGAGCACACAAUGUUGCCUUUGUUCCUGGAGACUCCCUGCGGAGCCACGAAGCAGCCACUACUGGAGCAAAAAGUGGGACCUCGAGGACCCCCUGGUCCCCAAGGGCCUCCUGGAAAGCCCGGCAAGGAUGGCAUCGACGGAGAAGCUGGCCCUCCAGGUCUGCCUGGCCCUCCAGGACCCAAAGGGACCUCAGGGAAGCCAGGGAAGCCAGGAGAGGCAGGACUUCCAGGACUGCCUGGUGUGGAUGGUUUGACCGGGAGAGAUGGACCCCCAGGACCCAAAGGUGCCCCUGGAGAACGGGGAAGUCUAGGUCCCCCAGGGCCACCAGGACUUGGGGGGAAAGGCCUGCCUGGACCUCCCGGAGAGGCUGGAGUGAGUGGACUCCCAGGUGGGAUUGGUCUGCGAGGCCCCCCGGGACCCUCUGGACUUCCAGGCCUGCCCGGCCCCCCAGGACCUCCUGGACCUCCUGGAAGCCCUGGAGUCCUCCCUGAAGGUGCUACUGAUCUGCAGUGUCCUGCCAUCUGCCCUCCGGGCCCCCCUGGCCCCCCAGGAAUGCCAGGAUUCAAGGGACCUACUGGCUACAAAGGGGAACAAGGAGAAGUAGGCAAAGAUGGCGAGAAGGGUAAUCCUGGGCCCCCUGGGCCUCCUGGCAUCCCAGGCACCGUGGGACUACAGGGCCCAAGAGGAUUACAAGGACUUCCAGGACCAGUUGGGCCCCCUGGGGACCGGGGUCCCAUUGGGUUUCGGGGUCCCCCUGGGAUCCCAGGAGCACCCGGGAAAGUGGGUGACAGAGGUGAAAGGGGUCCAGAAGGGUUCCGAGGCCCUAAGGGUGACACGGGCAGGCCUGGUCCCAAAGGAAUCCCCGGAGUGGCCGGACCAGGUGGAGAACCAGGCAUGCCAGGCAAGGAUGGCCAGGAUGGUGUGCCAGGGCUUGAUGGCGAGAAGGGAGAGGCUGGUCGCAAUGGUGCCCCAGGAGAGAAGGGCCCCAAUGGGCUGCCGGGGCUCCCUGGACGAGCCGGGUCCAAAGGCGAGAAGGGAGAACCGGGUAGAGCUGGGGAGUUGGGUGAGGCUGGCCCUUCUGGAGAGCCAGGUAUCCCUGGAGAUGUUGGUGUUCCGGGGGAGCGUGGCGAGGCUGGCCACAGGGGCUCAGCGGGGGCCCUUGGCCCACAAGGUCCUCCUGGGGCUCCCGGCGUCCGUGGCUUCCAGGGCCGUAAGGGCAACGUAGGAGAACCUGGCCUUCCAGGUCCCCAAGGCCUACGGGGUGAUGUGGGUGACCGGGGUCCAGGAGGUGCCACAGGCCCUAAAGGAGACCAGGGCAUUGCAGGUUCUGAUGGUCUUCCAGGGGACAAAGGAGAGAUGGGUCCCGAUGGCCCCGUUGGACAAAAAGGAGAGUCUGGCAGCCGAGGGGAACUGGGCCCCAAAGGUAUCCAGGGCCCCAAUGGCACUAGUGGCGUCCAGGGUGUCCCUGGUCCCCCAGGGCCACUGGGCCUGCAAGGCCUGCAGGGUGUCCCAGGCAUCACAGGGAAGCCUGGAGUUCCGGGCAAGGAAGCCAGCGAACAGCGCAUCAGGGAGCUUUGUGGGGGGAUGAUCAGUGAGCAAAUCGCACAGUUGGCUGCACACCUGAGGAAGCCCUUAGCACCAGGCUCCAUCGGCAGGCCUGGCCCAGCUGGCCCCCCAGGACCUCCAGGCCCUCCAGGAUCCAUCGGCCACCCUGGUGCUCGGGGUCCCCCUGGAUACCGUGGUCCCACUGGGGAGCUGGGAGAUCCUGGACCUAGAGGAAGCCAGGGUGACAGAGGAGACAAGGGUGCAACAGGUGCAGGACUGGAUGGGCCUCCUGGGGACCAGGGACCCCAAGGGCCUCAAGGUGUGCCUGGCAUCAGCAAAGAUGGUCAAGACGGUGCUCAUGGUGAGCCUGGCCUUCCUGGUGAUCCUGGCCUUCCUGGAGCUGUUGGUGCUCAGGGAACCCCAGGGAUUUGUGACACCUCAGCCUGCCAAGGAGCUGUGUUAGGAGGGGGUGGGGAAAAGUCAGGUUCUCGGAGCUCAUAGACAGCAACUUUAGGAAAUGACUGACAAAGAACUCCAGCAGGAAGCAGGGAUCAGUCAUGUGGUUAUCAGAAAUGGACAGUACAGCUGGCUACAGUCAGCUAGUCCUUCCUGGCCUGCUGCCUGGGCCCCCAAGAGCAUCUACUGGCACCACUGUCACUGUCCCGUCUGCAGGACUAUUGGCAGCCCAUUCAUCUGUGACAGCAUACCUCAGGCACAGGCCCUAGGGAUGGAGAUUUUAAACCCAGCAUCUGGAAGGGAUGGUGAAUCUUAUAGUUUGUUUGUUUGUUUUGUACAAUUCCAUGAGAUAAAAACACUCAGAAACUUGUUUACAUAACAUUUAUAUAAAGCCUAUGAUAGACUACCAAUAAAACUUCAGAUUAGCACUGGCUACAGUGUGAUGAAGGUGAGGCAUUUAAUGUGUUUCACCUGCUUUCUAUUGCAAACUUAACAUCUCUGGCUCCCAGUAUUUAUUGAAGGAACUACACUGAAUCGUCUGUACAGUAAAUAAAGCUACUCACUGGAAA